GUGUGCAAGUAUGAUGGUCCUAAUGAUGAUUUUACAUAGUUUUAGAAUUUAUUUAACUGGUGGAUUUAAAAAACCUAGAGAGUUAACAUGGAUCAGUGGAGUAAUUUUAGCUGUACUGACUGUAUCAUUUGGAGUAACAGGAUAUUCUCUACCAUGGGAUCAGGUGGGCUAUUGGGCUGUAAAAAUUGUAACUGGUGUACCAGAAGCCAUUCCUUUAGUUGGUAAUAGUUUAGUAGAAUUGUUGCGUGGAGGUUCUAGUGUUGGUCAAGCUACCUUAACAAGAUUUUAUAGUUUACAUACUUUUGUCUUACCCUUAUUAACAACUGUUUUUAUGUUAAUGCAUUUUCUAAUGAUUCGUAAACAAGGAAUUUCUGAUUUAUCUAACCUAGAAUUAAGGGCUAAAUUAGCUAAAGGAAUGGGACAUAACUAUUAUGGUGAACCAGCAUGGCCAAAUGAUUUGUUAUAUGUUUUCCCUGUUGUGAUCUUAGCCACGAUAUCUUGUUGUAUUGGUCUAGCUAUAAUGGAGCCCUCAUCUAUUGGUGAGAAAGCAGACCCUUUUGCUACUCCAUUAGAAAUUUUGCCUGAGUGGUAUCUCUACCCCACAUUUAACUUGUUAAGAGUGAUCCCAAAUAAAUUAUUAGGUAUUUUAUCAAUUAGUUUAAUUCCUGUAGGCUUAAUUCUCGUACCAUUUAUUGAAAAUAUCAAUAAAUUUCAAAAUCCUUUUAGAAGACCAAUAGCAACUACUAUUUUUUUAAUUGGUACUAUAAUUGCCAUUUGGUUAGGAAUAGGAGCUACAUUACCAAUAGAUAAAGCAAUUACUUUAGGUCUAUUUUAAAGGUAAAGAUUGAUUAGAAAAUAAAAAUAAUCUAGUGUAU